UAUUUCACAAUACUAGCAGACAUAGACACUCUAGAUAGUAGUUAUUACAUCGUGCAUUAUUAAGGAUGUAUAGAAUGGUAUAGGCUAUGAUAUGUCUUUAAGACAUAUACAUCAAUUUAAAAAUAUUCUCAGAAAUUAAAUAAAUAGGACAUAACAGGUUCAUUUAUACAAUUCUCAAUUUGUAUUAUCUAUGUACAAAUUCAAUAUAUAGGAAUGCAAGAAAUAGAGACUUCCAGUGAUGUAUCUGUUGAACUAGAAUUUUCACCUGACAUAAAACCAUACUGUGAAGUAAAAAUUACAUCUUCUGACAGAUUAUUAUGCUUCACGUCAAGUGAAACCAAUCAUGAUGCCUCAAGUUCUAAGUCUUAUUCAAUUUUUUCCAAUGAAAGUGACAGCAAUAAAGGCGAUAUUAAUGAUAAUAUCAAUUCACAAGAUCAAGUAUGGAUAAAUCCAAUUGGAAAUCAACCUGAUAUCAAGCCCUUUGUGGGUAUACCUGGAUUAAAAUCAUUUAAAUGCAAUCCAAACAAAGAAGAAUAUUUUUACUUAUUGCUAGUUACUGAAACAAUAUUUCAAGAAAUAGCACACCAAACUAAUCUAUAUGCAGCACAAGUAUUAUCACAGAAACGGUCAAGUCGUUUGAACCAAUGGAUUCCUACUACCAAAAAUGAAAUAAAGAGACUGUUUGGUCUUCUGAUCUGGAUGGAUUUAGUAAAACUACCUCAGUUACACUUAUACUGGUCCAAGGAUUCUAUAUUUACACAAAGUUUCCCACAAUCUAUAAUGUCACAAAGUCGCUUUGAAUUACUUUUACAAAUGUUGCAUUUUACAAAUAAUGAAAAUGCAAAUUUAUUAAAUGAUCGACUUUAUAAAAUCAGUCCAAUUAUUGAUACAUUAAAUAGAAAUUUCACGAAAUACUAUGAUCCACCUGAAACUCUUUAUAUUGAUGAAUUUGUAAUACCAUUUCAUAGUCGUAUUAAACAAUUGAUAAAACAAAGAAAAUAUAGAUAUGGUAUCAAGAUAUUUAAAUUAUGUUUCAAUCCAGGAUACACUUAUAACUUUCAAAUAUAUUGCAGCAAAAAGUCAGAGCAAGAAACAGCGAAUCCUACAAAUGCUGUUAUUUCACUUUGUCAAAAUAUAUUUUAUAAGGGACAUACUGUAUGUACUAAUCGUUGGUACACAAGUAUAGACUUGGCUCAAGAAUUAAUUACUAAAACUACACAUUUAGUAGGAAUGGUCCAAAGAAAUUGUCGUGGAAUUUCUAAAGAAGUUGUCACAAAGAAAUUAAGAAGAGGAGAAAUAUUUGCAAAAGAAAACAGUAUUGGUAUAACGUUGAUAAAAUGGAGAGAUAAACGUGAUGUUUUGUUAUUGUCUACUAAACAUUCUGUAGAAACAGUUACUCUUAAAAGAAGAAGAUCUAAUUAUAUUAAACCUAAAAUUUUGUUCGAUUAUAAUGAAGGCAAACCUCCAAGUGAUAUUUCUGACCAAAUGACAAUAUGUUGCAUUUCAUCACACAAGAAUGUAAAAUGGUAUAAAAAAUUAGCAUUUGAACUUUUAUUAAAUACAGCUGUUAUAAAUGCUUGGGUAAUGCAUAACAGUGUAAAAAAUAAUCCUAUUUCAUUAAUAGAGUUCAAAAAACGAUUAGUCAUUUAUCUAUCACAUUGUCAGGAUGAGAGGUUUCAAAAUUUAUCUCGUGAAAUUGUAACCAUUAAGAAACGUCAUGAAAUUAAAAAGAGAGAGGGUAAAUUGGUAUCAGUAAGAAAACGUUGCAUUUCUUGCUAUAAAGAAAACGUUAAAACCUUUGGUACCGAACUAGCACGAAAUAAGACAAAACGAGUAGCAACAUUUUGUGCUGAUUGCCCUAACGAGCCUCAUUUAUGUUUGACAUGUUUUAAUAAAGAACAUCGUAACAUACCAUUUUAAUUAUAAACUAUAUGUAUCAAAAUAUUGGAUUUGCUCUAUAAUGUUCCACUUGUUUUAUAAAUACAUCAUUUUUCAUCAAUCCUAUUGUAAGAUACGUUUUCUAUAUAUAUUUUAUGUAUAUAUGUAUAAGAAAACCUUACUUAGUACAAAAUCGCGUGAAAACUAUGCAGCAUGGAGCACAUUAUUUAUUAAUUUUAUAUUUAUUUUUUAUUUGCAUUAUAAUUUUAAAGAUAACAUUUAAUUUUUAGUUUCGAAUUUGUUUUUUAUUAUAUUUUGUUAUGUAAAAAAUUUGUUAUCUAACAAUUAUGUACAAAAUAGUUGAAUUAAGUUUCAUUAGUAAUUGUCAUAUUUUCUUUUAAUAAUAAUUAUAAAAAUUGUGACAUGAAUAAUCUUUUUAUCUUCUUUUCUCAAUAAGGUAUAAAAACGAAUUAAAUUUAUUCGAUUACAAAAUUUUUAGAUUUACAAAGAUAAUUAUUUGGUUACAAAUUCCAAAAUUUAUAAUUAUGGCUUAUUAAAAAAUUGAGUUCUAUUGGAUUCGUAAGUAGGUUCAAACUAUAAUAAAAUAUAAUCACAUCAUUACGUUCUCAAUAUCGUUCAGCAUUAAUUUUUAAGGUAUUUAAAUUUUACAGGUAGUUCAUUAUUAAAUUUUGUUAACAUAUCACAAUUUUUAUGAUACCAAUAUGCAACUAUAUUAUCUUCUUAUGAGAAAAAAAUGAUUUUAUGUAUAAUGAUUUAUACCUUAUGUUAUACAUUAACUAUUUCUGUGAAAAUAAUUUUAUACUGUUUAUGUAAAGGCAACGUUACAAGGCCCCGAAUUUUAAAAUUCGGACGAUAUAGAGCUUACAGUAAUUUUUUAAUUAAGUUUUAUACAUGUUUUCCUACUUCAUAUUUUAACUUCUUAAUUUGUUCACUGCCUUUCAUAUUAAAAAUGUAUGACCGAAAUAGUAACAUGGCAGUGAAAAUUGUUAAUUCAAUAUUUAUAACACGUUAUUAAACUUUUAAGUUCACAUGGACGGCAAUCGCUUUCCUAUAUGGUACUUGUGUAUAACCAUGACAAAGUUGCUUGUAUAAAUCUAUAAAUAAUAAAGAGUUCCAACAAAGUAAUGUACAACUGCCUUCAACAAUUAACAUUGAAUUCAAUAACUGUCUAUUUGUAUAAUAGUUCAAUGAGUUUGUUUCACUUCUAGUAAUUGCGGAUAGUUUUCAACUAUGUUCAAUAAAAUCCCAUCAAUGUAUGCCCUUAAUUGUGUAUUGACCUCUUGUUGCUCCUUUAAAGCUUGUUUUACCUAUAAUAAUUUAAUGAUUAAUGUAAUGAUAUAAUAUAAUAAUCAAUAAAUUAAGUUUAAAUUAUACAUAUACAUAUUUAUAACUUAAUAUGUACAUACUUCAGAUAUACUACACAGUCCACCAUUAUCUUCAGGAAGCUGAUCGUCCAUCUGUAAAAAACACAAAUUGUAAAAAGGAGAAUAAAGUGCAAGACUAAAUAUUUA